UAAUUCUGUCAUUGAAUUGUUACUAUUAAUGUUAUAUUGUAAUGAGAUAUUAGUUUCCCAGGGCGGGGAAUUAGGCACCGAACUCAGAGAAUAGAGAGAGAAUAUGAUUAAUAAUGUUGAGCGCCGUGUAGAAGAUCCCCUCCUAUUGCAAACAAAGCCAAGGUGUUGGAAAUAAUAAAGAUUUCACUUUUAACAAUGGUAUAAUUGGUUUAACAAUUUAACAAUAGAAACAAUGAGAAGUCAGUCGGUUGCUAUACAUACUAAUGUAAAUUAAGAAACGAGUCUUUUACUAUAACAUGUUAUCGUAACUUAGUAUUAUUUCUAAACAACUAGGUUUUAUCCUCAUUGGGAUAGGUAAAGUGUCAGGACGGCAGGUCCUGGACAAAAGGCAUGGAGAAUUUAUUGAGUAUAAAAACUCCAUGUAUUAGUAGGAUAACAACUUGAGAAAAUGACACUGUCCAUAAUAAGUUAAAUUAGCCAUGAAAAAGGGAUAUCCAGAUGGUAUACAGAGAUUCUAACACCAAACUAGAAUUACAUUGAUGACCGCAGCAGGAACUGUCCCUGACGGCAAAAGCAGAUCAUGAACACCAAUGGUAGUCAUGGCUGGGGAACCAGGCCCUGAAGGUAGACCUUGAAGUUGAUCUUUGAAGUUAGACUUUACAGUUGAUCAUUCUAGUUGAACUUUGACGUUGGACUUAGACCCCUGCAACAAAAUGACAUGUUACAGCUCUGUCAACCCCGUUACGACGCGGAAUUAUAGGUAAAAACACUCACCACAUCACGUGGGACGAUAUUAUAACAGCAUUCCCCCUAAUCGAUGGACUAAACCAUUGGUUCUAUACUGAAAGAAAGAAAAUGAGGUUAGGUCAUUGUCAUGAACAUAUGUAGCUCAUAAUUGCCAACGUUCCACGAUAAUAACCAUCAAAACACUCACCAGACGACCUCACCAUCCUUCCAUCAUUAUAUAUGUGGCUUAUACACCACUUUAAAAAAUAAUUUUUAAAUUGCCAUCGUCAUCGCGUAAACGAAAUGUCAAACGGACAUAACUUCUUCCCGGCGCGUAGGCACUCACCUGUAUGCCAUACAGCCAAGUGGGAAGUUAAAAAAAACGUGUUUCAAGAGACUUCCUCUCAAAUCGAACCUUUCGCUACCGCGUGGAAGAUACGCUCUUGUCACCGCACCCGAUACAUGCCGGAGUCCCACAAGGCUCUGUCCUCUCCCCUUUACUAUUUUCAUUGCAUACUAGUGACAUUCCCAAAUCCCCUAACACCGAACUAGCUUUAUUUGCGGAUGAUAUAGCCAUCUAUUCUUCGUGCCGUGGUCGAGUUAUGAUGACCAGAAGUCCCUCUCAAAUCCACCGUCUACAGGUAAUACAAAAUCCCGACGACCCGAUUACUCUAGCCAUAGAGGCAGCCAAUCAGCUCGCGACACCAAACACUUCAGGACUCCGAUACCGACCCCACCGGCGUGGUCGACGACUUCCCUCAAACAGCGCUUAUCGCUAUCGACCUACUAGGGUCGAUUAAUUCUUUCAAAUAUUUUUCCUCUCAGAUGACGCCCUGAGCCGAGUGUCAAACCCAACUGGGCACCCUCAGGCCUGUUGUCUUAAACGUUGUACAGGGUGAGAGCCUUCAGCGCUCCCCAUUUGUCCGGCCAAGUAGUUAAUGUCAUCUGCGGCAAAUCUACAAUAAGUCACGUCAAAAAAAAAGGUGCAAAUCAUAUUUCGUUGACUAAUGCCCUUUUGCUAAUUUAACAGUAGAUACAGGAUUUCGUUAAGUACUCACCUAAAUAUGAGGUCGCUCUUUGAAAAGUUUCAGGCAGAAUUAAUUGCAGAGUCUUAGGGCGCCUUCAAAUUUGCCGCAAGGUGCCGCGCGGAGGCAGCGCGUCUGCAGCGCUGCAGUCGCGCUGCCGUCGCUAUGUUUGAGAACGGUAGAGUUGUAUUUUAGUUUUACGAUGGACUCAGACGAAGAAACACUGCUCUUAGUGUUACUAUUGAUAAAAAAAAAAAGAAUUUUGAACAAAAAACAAAAAAAAAAGAAGCCUAAGACAACGUUGCCAUUAUUUUGUAUAACCCAACAAACUGAAUUUUAUAAAGUGAAAAGUUACAGUGAUCAAAAAUUUCAGAAUUAUUUAAGACUGUCAAGAAAACAAUUCUACGAAUUACUUUCUCGUUUAGAACCUUAUAUUGGAAAACAAAAUACAACCUUCAAAAAUACUAUUUGUGCUGAAGAGAGACUAUUUAUAACACUCAGGUUCUUGGCAGAAGGUUGCAGUCUUACAAAUUUAUAUCAUACGUAUAAUCGUGGACUUUCUACGAUUUGUGCUAUUGUCAGAGAAGUUUGUCGAGCAAUAUACGAAAACCUCCAUACUAUUUAUAUACCUGAGCUUCAAGAAGAAGAUUGGUUAAUUAUUGCUAACGGAUAUUACACUAAGGCCAAUUUCCCUAAUUGCUUGGGUGCUAUUGAUGGAAAACAUAUAAGAGUAAUCAAACCAGAGCAUAGUGGUUCUCUAUAUUACAAUUAUAAAAAUUACUUUUCUAUUGUUCUUUUAGCGAUAUGUGACUCAAACUAUUGUUUUACGUACAUAGAUGUUGGGUCAUAUGGAAAAGCUUCUGAUUCGCAAAUUUUCAAAAAUAGUAACUUUUACAAAAGACUACAUGAACAGGACUUAAAUAUUCCCAAUCCGUUGCCAAUUACAAAUGAUGGACCACCAGUGCCUUUUAUUUUCAUUGGUGACGAAGCAUUCGGAAUUAGUAAUUUUAUACAACGACCUUACGCUGGCAAUCACCUAAAUGAGAAGAAACGUAUUUUCAACUAUCGUUUAUCGAGGGCAAGAAGAUACAUUGAGUGUUCGUUUGGCAUAAUGGCAAAUAAGUGGAGAAUUCUUCAUCGUCCGAUAAAUGUACAAAUACCCUUUGCUGAAGAUAUCGUUCGCGCGUGUUGUGUGUUACAUAAUUUACUUAGGAAGACGGAUUCAAAGCAAUCCAGCUCCAACCCAACAAUGCUGAGAUACGAUUUACAAAACAUACAACAAAAUCAAAAUAAUCACCCACAAAUAAGUGCUACGACUAUACGUGAUACACUAGCUGAUUAUUUUGUUAGUCCAGAAGGAGAAUUGUCAUGGCAAACGAUGAAAAUAUAAAGAAGUUGUGUUAAAAAUAUGUAGGUAUACUUACAUGCUUCAUUUUUUUCACUUGCGGUCUUGUUUGUAAAAUUUUCAAUAAAUUUAUUACAUAUUUCUU